AUGGAGGGAAAAGUCAUUAAUACAGCUAGGAAAUGGAAGGUGUCAGUCCUCACCAGCGAUAUGCCAUCUGCAGGAACAAGCUCAAAGGUUUAUAUUACAUUGUAUGGGGAUCACGGUAGUUCGGGGCCCAUUUUUCUUGAUGGAGAGAAGGGAAAAUCAUUUCAGAGAGGCAAUGAAGACAUCUUCACAGUUAAUACUGGAAACAUAGGACAUCUCUACAAAAUACGCAUAGGACAUACGAAUGCAGGAAACUCCCCUGCCUGGCACUGUGAAGAGGUGCAGUUGCUGAACCUUUUCUCAGGGGAGCAGUUUUAUUUCCCUGCACAUCGAUGGCUGGCCUGGGACCAGGCUGAUGGGGAAAUAUCUAUGGAGCUUCCUGUUUUACAGCAGGGUCAGCCUAUUCUUCCAGUGACUGUCUAUGAAGUGCAUGUUACAACAGGAGACCUGUGGAAUGCUGGAACUGAGGCUGAUGUCUAUAUUUCUGUCUAUGGAGAAAGAGGUGAUACAGGAUCAAGACAGCUGCUCCGGUCACAGAAACCUAAGAAAUUUUUAAAAGGACAAACUGACAUCUUUGCUGUUGAAGCUGUGCACCUUGGACACUUGUACAAGAUUGUUAUAGGACACAAUGGUCUUGGAACAGGAAAUGGCUGGUUUCUGGACAAAGUUGUAGUCAAGGAUCCUAUAACAGAUUUGGAUUAUGCUUUUCUUUGUCACAGGUGGCUGGACCAGGGGCAGGAUGAUGGCAAUAUUGCUAGAGAACUGACUGUGACAGAUGCCAGCACGUUUCCAGGAAGACAAGAGCUGGAACUCAAGAGAGAGGAAACUUGGGCUGCUGAAAAGUGGAAAUUUCAGAAAGGCAAUACACUUCAGUUUUACAACAGGGUCACCCAUGGCUUCAUUUGCCUCGGUCCAGAUAGCAGAGUUGAUGCCCUUGGUGACAAGAAAAACAAAUACGGUAAAGUAUUUUUCCUGUGGAUGUAUACAUAAAAGAUAUGAGAAAGGAGGACU